CCAUAAGAUAAAAUAAAUGCGCCUAAUACGUCAUCGUCAACUUCCGUUUUUCAGUAGUUCCGUUUCCUUUUAUAUAUACUAACCCAAGCAUGAAAAAUAAAAUUCCUCUCAACUGAAAUCAAAUUUUAAUCAUGGAUGUAGAAAUAGCAUUAAAAACUGGAUAUUUGUUUACGCCACCACAAACAUUUUUAAGGAAAACUUGGUCGAAAAAAUACUGCGUUCUCUAUGAAGCUAGCCAACAAGGAAUUCAGCGUUUGGAGAUCUUUGAAAAUGACGACGCCUUAGCAAGGCAAAGUCCUUCUAAAAUCAUUCCUUUAAAUGAUUGUUGGAAAGUUGCAGCAUAUCCUCUGAAAAAUCAGCCAAAUGUAUUCGAGGUACGAAGAAAAGAAGAAAGGCAUCAAUUUUCAACAGACACAUUUCAAGAGAUGUUAGAUUGGCUUUCAGCUCUUCAAUCUGUUGCAUUUGCUAAAAAUUCAACAACUUCUGCCAUUACUCCAGCUGUUUGCGAAAAGCAGGAAGAAAAUUUUCUCUACAGUACUGUAGCUGAACCUGAAAGAUAUAGAGUGAAAAUACAGCCAACUGAAGCCAGUCUACGAAAUGAGCUUUUUAGGGAUUAUGACUUAUUGAUAACAACAGUAAGUAUAGCUCUUGAAGAUGAAGAUGGUCGUCUCGUUUUAAAAUGGCCAUACCGUCAUAUUCGUCGAUAUGGUUGCGCAUUUGACAACUUUUCAUUUGAAGCUGGCAGAAAAUGUGAUUCUGGAGAAGGUAUAUUUAUUUUUGAAACAAACUCUGGCUCCCAAAUUUUCAAAAAAGUAGACAGUCAUGUUUCAUCUUUUCAAAAAACUCAAGCUGAAUCCCUAACCUUAAGAAGAAAUGAACACAGAAGUUCUCUUCCAUCUCCCACCGAAACACAAAAUACUUAUUUCAAUACCCGGCCACCCGUUAAAAAACCUCCUCGUAAAAAUAAAUUAGACGCUCAUUCCUUACCGAAUUUCAAUCGGUAUGAGAUCGAAAAAUUUACCCAGAGUUCCUCAUUUUCAGGAAAUAGAGAGGCCAUUAGGGAUGCUGAAAGUGCAAUAAAGUGCGCAAACAAUCGUUACAAUGUAAAUUAUUUGGAGGAAAGGCAACUGCCUGGAGAAAGUUACAAUGAACCACAUCUCUACGAAAAUGCCCUUUUAUUGGAUACGGCACACACGAAUCGAAAGCAAACUCUUGAUCGUAGUUCCUCUGACAAUCAAAUAAUAGAACCUUUUAAUCUUGAACUUUUGCAAAACUCUUUAACAGAUAAACUUCAUCUGACAAGCAUUGAACCACCUCAUUAUGUAAAAAACGACGUUGAAUAUGCUCGAAUAGCAAAGAAAGAGUAAAAAGAAUGUUUUAAGUACUGAAUGUCGUUUAAGAUAAAAUCGGAUUUGCCAGACUGGUAUUUAGUAAGAAAUGGAACAAUGUAAAACCUUGUAUAAACCAGAGUAUUAGUUUUUUAUUUCUU